GACCAUGGUAAAAAGGGUAAAAACUUUGAAGCCACCCCCUCGAAGUAAAGAAGCAUUAGAGAAAGAAAGUUUCGAUCGUGGACUGUUGAACCAUGCCAAAGAUGUGGACAUCCUCGAUAAAAGAACCCAACUGUUGCGCAAUAUAUGGAGUAGCUACAAAAUGAAAAGAAGCAUAGAAAAAGCUUCCAUUCUUUUAGUUGGCAGUUCGGGCGUAGGAAAGUCCAGUACCAUCAACCAUCUCUUUGGUCUUUCAGAGAAAGAAUCCAUAAACUUUGCUAAGACCAGCGAUUCAAAAUCCGAAACUAGAACAACAACCGAAUUCGUGAUUGAAGUUGAUUCCCCUGAGCGAUAUGAAACGUCUGGUCUUAGGCUAGGUCUGGUCGAUACACCAGGAUUUAAUGAUACAGAUGGGACAAAACAGGAUGCAUGCAACUUUUAUUCGAUAAAAGAGUUUUACAAAAAACACAUGAAAGGAAGUAUGCCUAACCUUGUUUUAAUCUUGAUUCAAGCAACUGACACCAGGAUCCAAGGUGAAAACAGUAACCUAGCUAAAUCGCUGAGAUGCUUAAAGUCUUUGAAGCUUAUAGAUACUAAGUUUCCUAAUGUGGUCGCUGUAUUGACUUGGAGUACUGCACUGGGUGAAAAGAAGACAAAAUACACCAAAAAUAUCUCCAGAAAGAAGGAGAUAGUAAAAGAUACCAUCUUCGAAUUUCUGAACGUCCAAGUUCCAGUAGUUGCCUUGGAAAAUGACUUGGAAGAUCUUGAUAAAGAUGGGGAUUUCACAGUUUUGCCAGACGGUACAAGGCAAGUUAAGAACUUGUACAAGAUUUGUCAAGAGGUCCUGAAAAAAAGUGGUGACUUCUACGGUCAUCUUAUUUUCAAUGAAGCCUUCCAACUUGGCAAGAAGAACGUCACCGUAGGAAACAAGACAGAAGCUAAGAAUGCACAAUCCAGCAAAUUAUCCAAAGACGAAACCGAAUUCUUCGAAUUCUUCUCACACGCUCUCGCUGGGGGUACUCCGGAUCCGCUUGUACAGGAAGCUACGAAUUUCAUCAAAGAUGAAAACAUAAUUGAAAAUGAGAAUGUUGCUGAGAUUCAAGCUCUUGUAGGGUCUCUGAAAAAGAUGGGUGUUCAAGAGUUGAGCGAGUUGAAUGUCAUUUCAACGAAAGGAAUACAGUUAAAGCAUCCUGAGGAUGUUUCCUGUACUGGAAAAAAGUUUCUGAAGAACAUAGGUGUCAAAGACACCACUUAUCAUAUUGGCCAGGAUUCGGCAAGUGUCAUUGCCCAGGGAUAUAAUAUUCUCAACGACACUGUCGUACCUAGCCAGAUAUUUUCCUACAAAGAAAAGGAUACAAAGUAUGGCAUAGCUAUUCCAGGGUUGGCGCAACUGAAGCCGGUCAAUGAAACACAGACAUUCAUGUUUUCAUAUGACACCAAGACAAAACUAAUUCACGACAGAUUGGCUCAUCUAAAUGUCUCCCUAAACGUGGACGUCAACAAAUUUGCUUUCUCGGGCAAAGCUGGUUUCAAUCUCUCCUCCUCGACUGAAACAGAUUCACAUUCCCAAGAAAUAUCCUUUUAUAUGGAAGAGAGGCUUUUUGAACUAAGCAUGGGCAAUUUCAAAGAUCCGGGGAUAGUUUUGACAAAAGAUUUUACUGAUGCUGUCAAAGAACUUCCUGGAUCUUUUAACGUUGAAGAUGCCAGUGGUAGAUCGAAGUUUCAACGAUUCUUUGAUCGCUGGGGUCAUUUCGUUGUUACCAAAGUAAUUGGAGGUGGUGCCGUAGAACUGCGAAUUAACACUUCCUCAUUUGGAAGCCAGUUUCGUGACACCAAUGCAAUCAAAGGAUCCUUGGUUGCAUCUUUUAGCACUGGCUUUUUUGACACCGAGGCUUCUGUUGAAGGCAGUGAUGAAUCAAGAAAAACAUUGAGCGCACGACAAGUUUUUGAAUCUACUACCGUGAAAUGGAGCGGGGGAGCGAGAGAGUUUCACAAGAAAAGCACUGUUGGUGACGAGCAUAAAAUGGACAUAUGGAGGAACUCACUCAUAACAAGUCCUACAAUGUUGACUACCGACAUGUACCUUGAGCCUAUUUCAACUCUAAUCCAGUUAGCAGAUCCAAGUAAAUAUGAUGCUGUUUAUGAGAGCCUCAAAGAUUUUUUGGGGGGAAAUUUUGAUGUGGUCGCAAAGAGGCAAAAAGACGCUAAGGAAGCUGAAAGGAAGCGCAAAGAGGAUGAGGCUGAAGCCGAAAGAAAACGAAAGGAAGAUGAGGCUAACACAAGGGCAGAAGCAACUGAAGAAACGCCCUCUAACGAUGGCGGCUCCUCUUGCAUUGCUCCAGAUUCAAACGCAGUUGUGAUGAGGAACGGGGUAGAAAUGACCCUAAAACUUAAGGAUCUUGUUAUAGGAGAUCUGAUUCUUUGCUAUGACAUUGGAAAUAAAAUCCCAACUUUUACUAAGCUUAUUCUUUCUGUCCACGCCAACUUCCACACACCAACGAAAUAUUUCCAUAUUAAGCUGGAAGAUGGCUCUGGCAUUAAACUAACAGGGGAGCAUCUGAUUCUAGUUGGAGAAGGUCACAAAGCAGUCAUGGCAAGAGAUGUCGAAGUGGGCGACUUGCUUUACAAGAGAACAGCAGGAUUUUUGAAGGUUCAGAGAAUUACCCAAGUCACAGAAAAGGGCUUGUGCUGCCCAAUUACGGAAGUAGGGAACAUCAUGGUAGAUGGUAUUUUAGCAAGCUGCUAUGCUAACAUAUCAGACUUCUGUGUGUUUGGAAGAAGCUUCAUCUCUGCACAAACUCUAGGACGAAUCACAAUGGCACCCUUUACAGCAUACAGAAAGAUUUCGAAAGACAAAGGAGGGAAGAUUGUUGAAUCUGAUAAGUUUCACCCAUAUGUUGGUUUCCUCUUCAAGGCUUUACGCCCCUUCAUAAAGUACUAGUUAUGGUUAUUGACAUUAACAAAUGACUGAUGACUGUUUAUUAUUGCAAUCAUUUGAAAAAAUAGAAGACAAUUAUUUUGAUUUUGCGGACAAUUCUUUUGAUUUUUCGGGUGCCAUUGUUAUUCAAUUUUGUUAUGAAAGGAAUAACAAUGCAAACUUAACAGAAUUUUGUCCUGCCGUUUUAAUUUUAGUGAGUAACUUACUCUAAUACUCUGGUGAUUUUUAUUUCUAGAAAAGCUUCUUCGUCUUUUUGUCUAUGUAGUGUGUGCAAUGAGCAUGCUUUCCAAAAUCUUUACUCCAGUAUGGCUGUUACAUUUAUAAAUUACAACUAUAAUCAAUAAUUUUACUGCAUGAUUUCCAA